AUGGAACUUAACUUUAAUCAUGAUGAAUAUCAGUAUCUCAAUCUUGUGAAGAAUAUUAUUGAAAAAGGUGACCAAAGAAUCGAUAGAACUGGUGUAGAUAGCAAGGCACUGGCUAAUAAAGGAAUACAUAUAUGGGAUGCUAAUGGUUCCCGAAGCUUUCUCGAUAAUUUAGGUUUCACUGAUCGUGAAGAAGGAGAUCUUGGUCCUAUUUAUGGAUUCCAGUGGAGGUACAGUGGUGCCAAAUAUGUGGAUUCAAAGACUGAUUAUAGUAAUGAAGGAAUUGAUCAGUUAAAAAAUGUUAUAAAUACAAUUAAAAAUAAUCCAGCUGACAGAAGAAUGAUUAUGUGUGCAUGGAAUCCUUCAGAUCUUGGGAAAAUGGCCUUACCUCCAUGCCAUUGUUUGGUUCAAUUUCAUGUGGCUAGUGGCAAAUUGUCUUGCUUGAUGUUUCAGAGAAGUGCAGAUAUGGGUCUUGGAGUGCCUUUUAAUAUUGCUAGCUACUCCCUUUUAACACACAUGAUAGCACAUAUAACAGGAUUGCAGCCUGGGGAGUUUAUACAUACAACAGGUGACACUCAUGUGUACUUAAACCAUGUUGAACCAUUAAAAAAGCAACUAGAGAGGCAACCUAAACCUUUUCCAACACUCGAAUUUGCUCGCAAAGUUGAAAGCAUAGAUGACUUCAAAUAUGAAGACUUCAUUAUAAAGGAUUAUAGCCCUCACCCAAAAAUUGAUAUGGAAAUGGCAGUA